GGCCCACGCAAAGCUCGUGAAGCUCAAAAGCACUUUGGUCUUGCUCCAGGAGUCCCACACAGUCACACGAAGCCAUACGUGCGAUCAAAGGGACGCAAGUUCGAACCGCGGCAACUGACGAAAGAGCCUCUCCUUGUGUGGCUAGACUUCGCCGCCAUAAACAGAGUUAGCGUGAAUGUGUGGAUAUGGGAAUCAGAUGUGAGGACAUGCAGGAUCAAAGCCGUGGUCGCAAAUCUCUCGACGGGAGUAUUCACGUUAGUGAAAGGAGGGACCAUAAAGUGCCAAAGAAUGGGAAUAAGUCGGUAUGUUAGCCGACGGUACGUGACUCUACUCAAGUAUGUUUUCUUUGCCGGGUUCGUCUACGUUCUAUAUGGAGCCUUCUUUGCUGUCACUGCACCGCGAAUACGCGAAAAUGCACUCAUAGACCAUGAAGGCAGUGAGUUCUGCGGUGCAAUGUGGUAA